AUGGGCGGCGCCAUUGGUGACAGCUUCUGGAGAGGACAAGCCGGUGACAGCGAGAUGCAGCCGGAGGAGACCUGCGCCCGGGGCGCGCCCGGCGAUCCCGACGUCCCGGAGAGAGGCCAGCGCUCGCGGGACCCCGGACCGCGCCUGUCGGGCCAGCUACUGCCCGAGCUCUACAGCUUCGUGGCGCGCGUCCUCUUCUACCUGGCACCGGUCUACCUGGCGGGCUACCUGGGGCUCAGCGUCACCUGGCUGCUGCUUGGCGCCCUGCUCUGGAUGUGGUGGCGCCGGAACCGCCGCGGGAAGCUGGGGCGCCUGGAGGCUGCCUUCGAAUUCCUGGAGCACGAGCGCGAGUUCAUCAGCCGCGAGCUGCGGGGCCAGCAUUUGCCAGCCUGGAUACAUUUCCCAGAUGUGGAGCGUGUGGAGUGGGCCAAUAAGAUCAUCAUACAGAUCUGGCCCUACCUAAGCAUGAUCAUGGAGAACAAGGUCCGGGAGAAGCUGGAGCCCAAGAUCCGGGAGAAGAGCAUCCACCUCAGAACCUUCACCUUCACCAAGCUCUACUUUGGGCAGAAGUGUCCCAAGGUGAACGGCGUCAAGGUACACACGGACAAACGCAACCGGAGGAAAGUGACCCUGGACCUGCAGAUCUGCUACAUCGGGGACUGUGAGAUCAGCGUGGAACUUCAGAAGAUCCGUGGCGGUGUGAGUGGCGUCCAGUUGCAGGGGACCCUGCGUGUCAUUCUGGAGCCCCUGCUGGUGGACAAGCCUUUCAUAGGAGCUGUGACUAUGUUCUUCCUUCAAAAGCCGCACCUGCAGAUUAACUGGACAGGCUUGACCAACCUGCUGGACAUGCCGGGUAUCAAUGAGUUAUCAGACAGCCUGCUGGAGGACCUCAUUGCUGCCCACCUGGUGCUGCCCAACCGUGUCACUGUGCCUGUGAAGAAGGGGCUCGAUGUAACCAACCUGCGCGUCCCUCUCCCCUGUGGUGUGAUCAGAGUCCAUUUGCUGGAGGCCAAGAAGCUGGCCCAGAAGGACAACUUCCUAGGGCUUGGAGGCAAGUCAGACCCCUACGCCAAGGUGAGCAUUGGCUUGCAGCACUGCCGGAGCAGAACCAUCUACAAGAACCUGAACCCCACCUGGAAUGAAGUAUUUGAGUUCAUGGUGUACGAGGUACCUGGGCAGGACCUGGAGGUGGACCUGUAUGAUGAGGAUACUGACAAGGAUGACUUCCUGGGCAGCCUGCAGAUCUGCCUUGGAGAUGUCAUGAAGAACAGAGUGGUGGAUGAGUGGUUUGCCCUGAAUGACACGACCAGUGGGCGGCUGCACCUGCGGCUGGAGUGGCUCUCACUACUCACUGACCAGGAAGCGCUGAUGGAGAAUGAUAGUGGCCUCUCCACUGCCAUCCUCGUGGUCUUCUUAGAGAAUGCCUGCAACCUGCCGAGAAACCCUUUUGACUAUCUGAAUGGUGAAUAUCGAGCCAAAAAACUCUCCAGGUUUGUCAAAAAUAAGGCCAGCAGAGAUCCUUCUUCAUACGUCAAGCUCACUGUAGGCAAGAAGACCUUUACAAGUAAGACUUGUCCCCACAGCAAGGACCCUGUGUGGAGCCAGGUGUUCUCCUUCUUUGUUCACAACGUGGCAGCCGAGCAGCUCUGCCUGAAGGUGCUGGAUGAUGAGCUAGAGUGUGCUCUGGGAGUGCUGGAGUUCCCCCUGUGCCGGAUCCUCCCCUGUGCUGACCUCACCCUCGAACAGUGCUUCCAGCUGGAUCACUCAGGCCUGGACAGCCUCAUCUCCAUGAGGCUGGUGCUUCGGUUCCUACGUGUGGAGGGACGCGAGCUGGGAAGCCCAUACACUGGACCCGACGCUCUAAAGAAAGGUCCUCUGUUCAUCAAGAAGGUGGCCACCAACCAGGGUUGUAAAGCCCCACCCCUAAACGAAGGCCUUGCAGAUGUGACAAGCACCUCGAACCCUGCCUCUUACAUCAAAGGAGCCUCCAAGAGCAUUGACAAUAUCAACGCAGCCACCACAGACCCUGAACCUAUGCCUGAGCCCCAGGGGCCAGGCCUGGAGCCCAAAGGCAAGGACAGUGCCAGAGGGCUCUGUGAGUCCCCCGGAAAGAAGAAGAACCCAGCUACCACCUUCCUGACUGUCCCAGGUCUCCACUCUCCAGGGCCCAUCAAGUCACCCAGACCCAUGAGCCGCCCUGCCUUCCCAUUUGCAUGGCCACUCACGAGGGUGGCUCCCAGCAUGUCCUCACUCAACUCCCUGGCCUCUUCCUGCUUUGACCUGACAGAUGUCAGCCUCAACACUGAAGCUGGGGAUUCCAGACAGGGACGGCUGGGUGAGAUUCAGCUCACAGUGCGCUAUGUGUGUCUCCGACACUGUCUCAGAGUGCUGGUCAACGGCUGCAGAAACUUAACACCAUGCACCAGCAGUGGAGCUGACCCCUACGUCCGCAUCUACCUGCUGCCAGAGAGAAGAUGGGCAAGUCGGAAGAAGACCUCAGUAAAACAGAAGACCCUGGAGCCCCUAUUCGAUGAGACGUUUGAGUUUUUUGUCCCCAUGGGAGAAGUGCAGAAGAGAUCACUGGAUGUCGCAGUGAAAAACAGCAGGCCUCUCGGCUCACACAGAAGGAAGGAGUUGGGGAAAGUGCUGAUUGACUUAUCAAAGCAAGAUCUGAUUAAGGGCUUCUCACAGUGGUAUGAACUGACUGCAGAUGGACAGCCCAGAAGCUGACGAUGAGCUCCAGUGUUACACUGUAUGAACUCUUCACUACAUGGAUAGUAGAAGAAGGUCAUGUAAAAGC